AUGGACUUGUCCAGACUACUCCCUGACUCUGGACAUUUUUCCAGCCUUUUCGAACGUGAAGAGGUGGGACAGGAAACCUACACUCCCGACCAGCGACAUCUGAUCCGAAUAUGCUCCAUCAGCUCCUCGUCCACCUCCAUAGUCUGUGGACUGGUUGCCUUCUACACUCUGGGGAUGAUACACCCUAAAAGACGAAUGUUCCGCCACGUCCUGGUUGCCAUACUGAUUGCCUUUGACUUUCUCAAAGCCAUAAUGUUGCUGGUAUAUCCAGCAAGGUCCGAAAACACCUCCGAAGGGUCUGUGCAAAACACUAAAUUCCUCAACGCGAUAGGAUGGCUAACAUGCUUCAGCAUCGAGGGCGCCGACCUCAUCAUCGUCUGUUUUGCUGUGCACAUCGCGCUUCUGAUUUUCCGUCCAGCUGUUUCCCAGCACUCCAAUGGCGAAGGCGGUCUUCACACGGUCCGAAACUAUGUCUACAUCUUGACGUUUCUUAUUCCCGUGAUUCUCAGCUCAGUCACGUUCGCGGGACACAAGCGUUACAUAGACCAGGUCAGCUGGAGUUACAUGGAGCCGCUUUCCGCGGUCUGGUAUCUGACCUGGAUCAUCCGGUAUUGUAUUGCCAUCCUGAUCGUCACGAUCUACGUCUCCGUCUAUUUCUACGUGAUGCGCCAAUACAGGGCUGUGAGCAGCAAUAUGGACUUUGUGAGCCAUCAGAAACGCGGUUAUGUGUCUGAAGUCCUGGGAGACUCGCUCAUGUACAAACUGGGCCAGCUGCUACUAAUGCUAGUUUUCCCAGACGUGCAAAUCAGUGCCAAAUUGCAUGGGAAGGACCUCAACACCGACACAGACAUUGAAAACAUGGACAGUCUCCGCCACCACGACCCAGAACUCGCGGAUUACCAUCUUCCACAGUCUCCACAGCCGCCGAAGCCGGACCGCUCGAGACACGACAUGGGAUUGGAUAUCCAGCAAUUGCUGCACGAAGAAGCAAUGGAACGACUGCGAAUACGACAAUUGCAAAUUAUGCGCCAGAUGAAGGUGGUGUUCAUCUAUCCCGUGUCCUAUAUGCUACUAUGGCUGUGGCCGUUUGUGGCCCAGUGCUACCAGCUACAACGAGGCCGUCGAGCAUACUACCAUUUGUGGGUAUUCUGCAUCUCCUCCUUCUUCCAGGCGUUCAACUGCACCAUCGACACCUUGGUGUUCCUGUUUAGGGAGCACCCAUGGGACCUACGAGCCAGCAAAGUGGACCCCUAUGCUGAAUAUAACUACUGCUGGCUCCGACGCAAGCUCUCUUUUCUUCCUGGCUACAGACUCGGCCGCGCCACGACGCUGGACGCCAACAAGACUUCCAGGCCGAACGUUGAUCACCACGGCUCGCAGUUCGACGUGCACGCUUCCGACUCCAGAUCCAGCUCGAUCAUGGUCCCCAAAGAAAACUCGCACAAUAAUCCUGUCAGUCUGGCGGAUUUUCUCAACUCCUCUGCCCCGAAAAGCUCGCAAGCAACGGCAAACCCUUCGACACGACGCAGCUCCAAGUUCAGCUGGCGCGCGUUCUCGCACAUAGGCUCGUUGACCGAGUCCAACCACUCUGAUGAACAUAAGGAUGCGCCCAAAGAGCAGGACUUGCGCAAAGGCAGCGUAACCAGCGGAAAUACGUCCUCCACAGACGACAACGUCGAGAUGGACCUGAUAUAUUUCCUCAAAGAAGGGCGCCCAUGA